AUGACAAAACAGAAGCAGUACGUCUCCGACGUAAACUUAACAGUAUGUGGAUCCAAUAAACCGUCUUCAACACCUGGAAAAGACAUAGAAUACUUUGGUCUGAUCCCUGUUGAUCUCUUCAUCAGUAAUAUCUUAUCGAGAUUGCCGCUGAAGUCUAAAGCUAAGUGUCGCUGCGUAUCGAAGCUCUGGUCGUCCAUAAUUCGCCGUCCAAAUUACAACCAGUUGUUCCCGAUCAAGUCCCCAGCUCCGCGGAUCCUUUUCACCAUCGAAUAUGCAGGAAUCUUGUUCUUUUACUCUUCACCUCAGCCUCACAAUCCGGAUGAGAACUCGUCUCUUGUAGCCACCCUUCAUCAGAACACUGGUAACACCAAGUUCUAUGAGAUAUGUGGUCCUGUCUGCGGACGGGUACUGUGUCGUCAGUAUAAUUCAGUUGGGGUGAUUUAUAAUCCCAUCACAGGAGAGUCUUCAAACUUGCCGAAACUAAGUUUAAAGGGGAUUAAUAAGUCAGAGUGGUUAUGUGAUAAAGCAAGAUAUUCUUUUGGGUAUGAUCCAAUCGAGAAACAGCUCAAAGUGUUGUGUAUCACCUGGUUGCGUACUGGCUCAGAGCACUUGUCCAAUGAGUAUCAAGUUCUCACAUUAGGGACUGAAAAUAAAAAAACUCUUUUGGAGAAAGAUUCAAGGUUGUGCAAUUCAUUUUUUUUGGGACAAUACUGA